CUGCUGACACAGGGUAUAGUACUAUUAUUGUACACAAGAGUAACAGUAACGCAAACUAUAAUUAUAAUAUACGGAUGAUGAUGAUGCUGGAGAGAGAGAGAGAGUGAGAUAGAGUGAGCAAUUCAGUGAUGUACCGUAUUGUUAUUAUUAUUGCCUAAUACUAUUACUAUUAUUAUGCAACGAUAUUGUGUUGAGUAAUAAAAAUAAAUACAAACAUACACACGAAAUAUUAAAAAAAAAAGUUAAAAUGAAUGAUAAAAAGAGUAUAAUGAAUGAAAAAAAAUGUACUGUGAAAAAAAUUAAUAAUGAAAAAAUCUGUCACUUGGAUUCCUGGUACUGCUAUUAUUAUUUUUUUUAUAUACAUAUAUAUAUAUAGCUAAAGGAAAAAAAAUAAUUGUAUAUUUUUUUCUUUUAUUAUUUUUUUUUUCGAGGUAUAACUUUUACUAUGUGCUCAUCUAGUGUAGGGAAGUACAUGCAUACAUACACAUACAUACAUAUUUUACUGAAGGACUGCAACUAUGUAUCUACCUAAUUAUGUCUUGUUUUCUGUCAUUGUUAUUUCAUUUGGAGGAGGAAAAGAACAUUGUAUUAUUAUCAUUAUUGUAUUUUUUUCGUUUCUUUUCUAUCCUUGUAUGAGAUGUUUGAAGCAUACUCCUAACUUUCCUGUCUAUCUUGAAUGUACGUACGUGUGUAAGAAUUGCACAUCAUGAAUAACUUAUCUAUCUUGAAUGUACAGAAUGUCAGGUCUAAAUUAAAUAAACAUCAUGAAUAACUAUAGAAAAAGAUACAUGUGGUUUAAGAUUAUGAAUAAAAGUAAGAAAUAUAUGUAACUGAGUAUAAAAGAAAAUGUUUUCACACUACAAAACUGAUAAGUUGCAACGGGAACUGACUUAGUUGUUAUCUUAUAAGGAACCCAGUUUAAGUUAUCACACACACACACACACACACACACACACACGGGUUAUCAGGGGCAUGUGAUAGUCUUGUACCAGCGUGCAAUAAAGGAAAGGAUAGAAGUCGAAGAGCUGAAUCAGGAAGGAAAAUAAACAUCGGAAAAGAUAAGAAUAUGUACACAUUUUCAUUUGUUUAUUUAUUUUAUUUUAUUUAUUUAUUUUUAUUUAUUUUUUUUUUUAACAGUAAAUAGUGUGUGUGUGUGUGUGUGUGUGUAAACAGUAUACAUAAAUUUAAGGGAAAAAUAUGAUGAUUUGGUAUAAUUUCAAAGGUCUUUAAUCAACUUUUCUAUAAAUAGGUAAACACACACACACACACACACACACCACUGUGUGUCAGGGUGUGUUUGUUGAGGUCACACUUUUUUUUGGGGGGGGUUUAAUUUUUUCUUCCAUACUUUUGACAUUCAUAAUCUUAGCACCACUGUAUUUUGCACAAUGUAUCAAUUUCUGUAUGUUGUAUGAAUGUUAAGAGUGAAUGUAAUAAAAUGUUUGCUAAUGUCACUUUUAGUUCGUUCCUUUCCAUACACAUCACACUCAUAAUUUUAACACCACAAUGUAUCAGUGUAUGGUGUGUGAAUGUAUUAGAAUGUACUAAGUGAAAGAUGAAAAUAGGCUUAAUGCACAGCUUAUGUAUGAAAUGUAUAGUGAAUGCCUUAUGAACGAAUGCAUAAAGAAAUGUACUAAUUGGUGAACUAAAGGAUUAUAAGUGGAUGAUGUACUACUGAAAUGAGUGAAGAAUUAAGGGCCAAAAGGUCUGUUGCUGUUUGUUCUUCAUUUGUGUUCUCAUGAUUUCAUUUUGUUUAUUUGUAUGCAAGUAUACUUCCUGUGUGUGUGUGUGUGGGGAGAGAGAGAAAUAAUCUUAUUCUCUUAAAAUUAUGUAAUAUUCCUCCUCCUCCUCCUCCUCCUCCAACAUCUCCCUUCCUUCCUUCCUUCCUUCCUGCUUCGUUCCCAGUAUCCUUUUAUCCCUCUAUCUUAUCCUAUCCUCUCCCAUACCCUCCCACUCCAUCCCUACCUUAUCUCCCUACCAUCCUGUAUACAUAUCCCAUCAUGCCCCCCUCCCCCCACCAUCUUUCCACUGUACCUCUUCCCCUUAUCUUCCUACCAUCCUGUAUGCAUAUUCCAUCAUGCCCCCUCCACCCUCUUUCCACUCCCUCUCUUCACCUGUACCAUAUCUCCCAUCUUUGUAUAUGUUAAACUGAACACUGAACAUAAACUCCAAACGUUGCAUUAAUUCAGGGUGUUGUUGCAGCCUGCAGGAUUCUGGUCAAAAUAAAAGUUAUUUCAAAUUGUA